UGAUUGGACGCAGCAGGGGGAACACUGGGUCUUUACAUCGACUGACUGCGAGAAGGGGGAGACCCUCCAUCGCGCGCAGGACAACAAUAUCUAUGUAGACCCGGAGACCUCUCCGUUCUUAUGAAAAUACAAAAUAGCCACCUUGCUUGUACCGUUGGCGGUCGGAAGAGUGUGAGAAAGUGCCUUUCAUUCCGUCGUUUCGUCACGUCAAGGAGACUGACAUUUACGGAGGCAGUGGUUCUCUCGGCGCAAAUAGGCUACUACAAUCGUAACUCGAUCUCCCCCUGUUUUGUGUCGUGGUUGGUAGGGUCCUCAGUAGUUACACAUGUGUGGUUGUCACUGCUGGACGGUGUCAUGCUCGAAUCCUCUGCUUCUUGCACUGCGCUUGUCCUCUUCUGUUGAGUGACCAGAGUCUUCACUGUUGUUCCCGGGCAGUGAAUAUCUGUCAACAGCCCCGUCGGCGACAUUGAAAACAGCGACGCAUUCCCUAGAAGUUGGAGCAUCGUUUGGUGAAGUUUUGACACACCGAUACUGAACAACAAUGGGAUUCUAAUCGGACAAAUCCACACCAGGUAGCCGAGCCUAAGCGGAGCGGGUUGGGCGGACCCUCCCUCCUCCACCUCCUCCCACCCAUCUUCCUCCAGCGUCCCGGUCCGUGCCGUGUUUGUGUUUAUCCGCCGGGUCGGCGAAGCAUGCUGGCAGUAUGGACGUGAAGGAACGCAGGCCCUACUGCUCGCUGACCAAGAGCAGGCGCGACAAGGAGCGGCGCUACACAGGCUCGUCCGGCGACAGCGAGGAGUGCGGCGGCGGCGGUGGCCCGGGACCGAGGGUACCCACCCAGAAGUCGUACAGCUCCAGCGAGACGCUCAAGGCCUUCGACCACCAGGACUCCUCCAGACUAUUGUACAGCAGUAGAGUGAAGGACAUGGUGCACCGUGAACAGGACGAGUACACCCGACAAGGGCAGAACUUCAACCUGAGACAACUGGGGAUCUGCGAGCCGUCCACGCGCCGCGGCCUGGCCUUCUGCUCCGAGAUGGGCCUCCCCCACCGCGGCUACUCGGUCGGCGCCGGCUCCGACGUGGACACCGAGAACGAGGGCGUGAUGUCACCGGAGCGUGCCAUGCGGCUGUGGGGCCGUGGGGUGAAGUCGGGCGGCCGGAACUCGUGCCUGUCCAGCCGGUCCAACUCGGCUCUGACCCUCACCGACACAGAGCACGAAAACAAGUCGGACAGCGAUAAUGGUUCUCCCAUGCCAUCCUCUCUACCCAGCCCAUCAGUUACUGACCAUUCACACUCGCAACCACCAUCACCCAAUCUCCAUGACAACCAGAGCUCGCUGCUAAGUAGCGCCAGCGCCCAUCCGGCGGUCCAUGAGUCGGACGAGGACGAGGAAGAGUACACAGCCACGCUGUACUUACCUGUAACGCAGGUCACAGCUCACAGCCACCACGGCCUCGACUGUAAUGAGCAACCACCCAAUCACCACCAGCAGGGCCAGUCCACGCUGCCGCCAGCCCUGCCUCCCCACAAGCAGCAGCCGUUGGUCACUGCGCUCAACCACAACUCCCUGAGCAGCCGUAACCGUAACCCCAGCCCGGCCCCACCGGCCGCCCUCCCCGCCGAGCUGCAAACCACACCCGAGUCCGUGCCGCUGCAGGACAGCUGGGUCCUGGGCAGCAAUGUGCCACUGGAGAGCAGAAAAUUAGCAAAGCAAGCCGUUCUGGAAAACGGGCAUGACAACCUGAUAGAGAUGGAUGUGUUCCCUCCCGCGUGCCACGAAGGUGCCUAUGGGGAUGGGCACUUCCUCUUCAAGACAGGCACCGGCACGACCCCUCUGUUCAGCACGGCUACUCCAGGCUACACCAUGGCAACGGGCUCCGUCUACUCGCCGCCCACACGGCCACUACCCAGAAACACCCUCUCCCGCUCCGCCUUCAAGUUCAAGAAGUCCUCCAAGUACUGCUCCUGGAGAUGCACUGCUCUCAGCGCCGUGGGACUGUCCGUCCUGCUGUCUGUCCUGCUCUGCUAUUGCAUAGCCAUGCAUCUGUUUGGUCUGAACUGGCAGAUGCAGGAGACAGAGGGCUACACCUUUGAGAACGGUCAGGGGAAGUCAGACACCACACCCAACACCAUCACCGCACUGUCUGCUGAUAACGGUAAACUAGGGGUGUUCCUCCAGGAGAACAACACCAUAGACACGGGGGAGGUGGACGUGGGGCGCAGGGCCGUUCAGGAAGUCCCACCAGGGAUCUUCUGGCGCUCCCAGCUCUACAUUGACCAGCCCCAGUUCCUCAAGUUCAACAUCUCAGUGCAGAGGGAUGCGUUGGUGGGGGUCUACGGCAGGAAGGGCCUGCCCCCCUCACAUACACAGUAUGACUUUGUGGAGCUGCUGGAUGGCAGUCGCCUGAUCACCAAGGAGAAGCGCGGGCUGGUGGAGGUGGAGGGCGUGUCUAGGCGGGCGCGCUCGGUGAGCGUGCACGAAGCGGGCUUCAUCCAGUACCUGGACUCUGGCAUCUGGCAUAUGGCCUUCUACAACGACGGGAAGAACUCAGAACAGGUCUCCUACAACACCAUCGUCAUAGAGUCCGUUAUGGAGUGUCCCCACAAUUGCCAUGGCAACGGUGACUGUCUGUCUGGAACGUGUCAUUGCUUCCCAGGGUUCCUUGGGCCUGAUUGCUCAAGAGCUUCGUGCCCCGUGCUGUGCAGUGGUAACGGCCAGUACUCCAGGGGUCGCUGCCUGUGCUUCAGUGGCUGGAAGGGGACCGAGUGUGACGUGCCCAGCAACCAGUGCAUAGACAUCCACUGUGGGGGACACGGCAUCUGUAUCAUGGGCAUCUGUGCCUGCAACACCAGAUACAAGGGAGACAACUGUGAAGAAGUGGACUGCCUGGACCCUGGCUGUUCAGUCCAUGGUGUGUGUAUCCACGGGGAGUGCCACUGUAGCCCGGGCUGGGGGGGCACCAACUGUGAGAUCCUCAAGACCAUGUGCCCCGACCAGUGCUCCGGCCACGGCACCUACCAGAGCGAAAGCGGCACUUGCACCUGCGACACCAACUGGACCGGCCCCGACUGCUCCGUCGAGGUGUGUGUGGUGGACUGCGGCUCCCAUGGCGUGUGUUUCGGGGGCAGCUGUCGUUGCGAGGAUGGCUGGACGGGUACAGUCUGUGACCAGAAGGCCUGCCACCCCAUGUGCACUAAGAACGGAGUCUGCAAGGAGGGCAAGUGUGAGUGCAACCAGGGCUGGACCGGAGAGCACUGCAACAUCGAGGGCUGCCCAGGCCUGUGUAACAACAACGGUCGUUGUACCCUGGACCAGAACGGAUGGCACUGCGUCUGCCAGUCCGGGUGGCGUGGGGCGGGAUGCGACGUCGCCAUGGAGACCCUCUGCACCGACGGCAAGGAUAACGAAGGAGACGGCCUGGCUGACUGUAUGGACCCAGACUGUUGCCUCCAGACAUCCUGUCAGACCCAGCCGUACUGCCGCGGCUCCCCGGACCCCUCUGACAUCAUCAGUCAGAGCCCGUCCAGCCUGAUGCCCCAGCAUGCCGCACGCUCCUUCUACCAACGCAUCCGCUUCCUGGUUGGACCAGAGGGCAGCCACGUCAUCACCGGGGACAACCCCUUCAACAAGAGCCUGGUGUCCAUCAUCAGAGGCCAAGUCCUGACGGCAGACGGAACCCCCCUCAUAGGAGUCAAUGUUACCUUCGUCCACUACCCCGACCACGGAUACACCGUCACGCGCAAGGACGGCAUGUUUGACCUGUUGACCAACGGUGGGGCCAGUCUGACCCUGAGUUUCGAGCGUGCUCCGUUCCUGAUACAGUACCGCACCGUGUGGAUCCCCUGGAACGUCUUCUAUGUCAUGGACACCCUGGUCAUGAAGAAGGAGGAGAAUGACAUCCCCAGCUGUGACCUGAGUGGUUUCAUCAGGCCCAGUCCUGUCAUCGUGGCCUCUCCCCUCUCUACCUGCUUCAGGUCCUCACCAGAGGAUGGGCCCAUCAUACCUGAGACACAGGUCCUCCAGGAGGAGACGUCCAUCCCGGGCAGCGACCUCAACCUGCUGUACCUGUCCUCGCGGGCGGCCGGCUACAAGCCUGUCCUCAAGGUCACCAUGACACAGGCCAGUGUGCCCUUCAACCUCAUGAAGGUGCACCUGAUGGUGGCGGUGGUGGGGCGUCUGUUCCAGAAGUGGUUCCCUGCCCAGCCCAACCUCUCCUACACCUUCAUCUGGGACAAGACAGACGCUUACAACCAGAAGGUCUACGGCUUGUCUGAGGCAGUCGUGUCCGUGGGUUUUGAGUACGAGUCGUGUCUGGACCUGAUCCUGUGGGAGAAGAGGACAGCCACACUGCAGGGCUAUGAGCUGGACGCGUCCAACAUGGGAGGCUGGACGCUGGACAAACACCAUAUACUGGAUAUCCAGAACGGCAUCCUGUACAAGGGCAACGGGGAGAACGUGUUCAUCUCCCAGCAGCCCCCAGUGAUCAGCAGCAUCAUGGGUAACGGCCGGCGCCGCAGCAUCUCGUGCCCCAGCUGUAACGGCCAGGCGGAGGGCAACAAGCUGCUGGCCCCCGUGGCGCUGGCCUGUGGCGCCGACGGGAGCCUCUUCGUCGGGGACUUCAACUACAUCAGACGCAUCUUCCCCUCUGGGAACGUCACUAGUGUCAUGGAGCUCAGCAACAACCCGGCCCACCGGUACUACCUGGCGACGGACCCGGUUACGGGGCAGCUGUACGUGUCAGACACCAACUCCCGCCGUAUCUACCGUCCCAAGGUCCUGACGGGCACCAAGGAGCUGAUCCAGAACGGAGAGGUGGUGGCGGGUACCGGGGAGCAGUGUCCCCCCUUCGACGAGGCACGCUGCGGGGACGGGGGCAAGGCCACAGAGGCCCUCCUCAUGGGGCCCAAAGGUAUUACGGUAGAUAAGAACGGGUACAUCUACUUCGUAGACGGAACCAUGAUCAGGAAGGUGGAUCGUAACGGGAUCAUCUCCACCCUGUUGGGCUCCAACGACCUCACCUCAGCACGACCCCUGACCUGUGAUACCAGCAUGCACAUCAGACAGGUUCGUCUGGAGUGGCCCACAGCUCUGGCCAUCAACCCCAUGGAUAAUUCCAUCUAUGUCCUGGACAACAACGUGGUGCUGCAGAUCACUGAGAACAGACAGGUGCGCAUCGUGGCGGGACGCCCCAUGCACUGCCAAGUGCCGGGUAUAGAAUACACGCUGGGCAAGCGGGCGGUGCAGACCAUGCUGGAGGGAGCUGCCGCCAUCGCCCUCUCCUACAGUGGCGUGCUCUACAUCGCCGAGACUGAUGAGAAGAAGAUACACCGCAUCCGCCAGGUGUCCACGGACGGCGAGAUCACACCCUUGGCCGGAGCUCUGUCCGACUGCGACUGCAAGAACGACGCCAACUGCGACUGCUACCAGACGGGUGACGGCUACGCCAAAGACGCCCGCCUCAACUCGCCCUCCUCGCUGGUCGUCUCGCCCGACGGUACACUCUACGUGGCCGACCUGGGCAACAUCCGCAUCCGCGCCGUCCGCCGCAACCAACCGCCGUCGGGCUCCGCCGUGUCCGGCCCGGGCUCCUUCGAGGUGGCCUCGCCGUCGUCCCAGGAGCUCUACGUGUUUGAUUCCAACGGAACCCACCAGUUCACCAUGUCUCUCGUCACCGGGGACUACAAGUACAACUUCAGCUAUAGCAACGAGGAGGACGUUACAGCCGUGACGGAUAGUAGUGGCAACACCUUGAGGAUCCGCCGCGACCCCAACCGGAUGCCGGUACGGAUCGUUGCCCCGGACAACCAGGUGAUCUGGCUGACAAUCGGGACCAAUGGCGGGUUGAAGACACUGACGGCCCAGGGACAGGAGCUGGUGCUGUUCACCUACCACGGCAACAGUGGGCUGCUCGCCACCAAGACCAUACAGAUAGGAUGGACCACCUUCUAUGAUUAUGACAGUGAAGGUCGUCUAACCAACGUGACGUUCCCUACGGGGGUGGUGACCAACCUGCACGGGGACAUGACCGGGGCCAUCACGGUGGACAUUGAGACGUCCGGCCGCGACGAGGACGUCAGCAUCACCACUAACCUCUCCUCCAUCGACUCCUUCUACACUCUGGUCCAGGACCAACUAAGGAACAGCUACCAGGUGGGCUACGACCACUCUCUGAGGGUGAUCUAUGCCAACGGGAUGGACACACACUACCAGACGGAGCCCCACAUCCUGGCGGGCGCCGCCAACCCCACGGUGGCACGGAGGAACAUGACGCUGCCCGGGGAGAACGGGCAGAACCUGGUGGAGUGGCGCUUCCGCAAAGAGCAGACCCGGGGGAAAGUCAUCGUGUUCGGGAGGAAGCUCAGGGUGAACGGCAGAAACCUUCUCUCGGUGGAUUACGACCGAACUCUCCGGACAGAAAAGAUCUACGACGACCACAGGAAGUUCCUGCUGAAGAUCGUGUAUGACACCCAGGGCCACCCUACUCUGUGGGUCCCCAGCAGUAAGCUGCUGUCAGUCAACCUUACCUACUCCAGCACGGGGCAGGUGACCAGCCUACAGAGGGGUCCCACCACAGAGAAGGUGGAGUACGAUGGUCAAGGGAGGAUUGUGUCCCGAGUGUUCGCCGAUGGAAAGACCUGGAGUUUUACAUACCUGGAUAAGUCCAUGGUGCUCCUGCUCCACAGCCAGCGUCAGUACAUCUUUGACUACGACCUGUUGGACCGCCUGUCUGCUGUCACCAUGCCUUCGGUGGCCCGUCACACCAUGCAGACCAUCCGCUCCCUGGGCUACUAUCGCAACAUUUACAACCCCCCGGAGAGCAACGCCUCGGUCACCGUUGACUACAGUGAAGACGGACAGCUCCUCAGAGUGGCCCACCUAGGGACAGGUCGUAGAAUUCUCUACAAGUACCGACGACAGAACAAAAUGGCGGAGAUCUUGUAUGAUUCUACGAGGGUUAGCUUCACCUACGACGAGACAGCUGGUGUGCUGAAGACGGUGAACCUCCAGAGCGAAGGGUUCAUCUGUUCCAUCCGGUACCGGCAGAUUGGACCGUUGGUGGACCGGCAGAUCUUCCGGUUCAGUGAGGACGGCAUGGUGAACGCACGGUUUGAUUAUACCUACGACAACAGCUUUCGGGUCACCAGCAUGCAGGCUGUCAUCAACGAGACGCCGCUGCCCAUCGACCUCUACCAGUUUGACGACAUCUCCGGGAAGGUGGAACAAUUCGGAAAGUUCGGUGUGAUCUACUACGACAUCAACCAGAUCAUCUCCACGGCCGUCAUGACUUACACCAAGCACUUCGACGUCCACGGGCGGAUCAAGGAGAUCCAGUACGAGAUCUUCAGAUCCCUCAUGUACUGGAUCACCAUCCAGUAUGACAACAUGGGCCGGGUAACCAAACGCGAGAUCAAGAUCGGACCGUUCGCCAACACGACCAAGUAUGGUUACGAGUACGACGUGGACGGUCAGCUCCAGACGGUCUACCUCAACGAGAAGAUGAUGUGGCGCUACAACUACGACCUGAACGGCAACCUCCACCUGCUCAACCCGGGUAACAGCGCCCGGCUCACCCCGCUACGCUACGACCUCCGAGACCGCAUCACGCGGCUCGGGGACGUCCAGUACCGGUUGGACGAUGACGGGUUCCUGAGACAGAGAGGAGCUGAGAUCUUUGAGUACAACUCCAAGGGCCUUCUGGAACGCGUCUACAGCAAAGGCAACAGUUGGACCAUCCAGUACCGCUAUGACGGGUUGGGCCGCCGUGUGGCCUCCAGAACCAGCCUAGGCCAGCACCUGCAGUUCUUCUAUGCCGACCUGAACUACCCGACCAGGAUCACUCACGUCUACAACCACAGCAGCUCAGAGAUCACAUCUCUCUACUACGACCUGCAGGGACACCUCUUCGCCAUGGAGAUCAGUAGCGGAGAGGAGUUCUAUAUCGCCUGUGACAACACCGGAACCCCUCUAGCAGUGUUCAGUAGUAAUGGGCUUCUUCUGAAGCAGGUGCAGUACACAGCCUACGGCGAGGUCUACUUUGACUCCAACCCUGACUUUGUCCUGGUGAUCGGCUUCCACGGGGGUCUCUACGAUCCCUUGACGCGCCUGCUGCAUUUCGGGGACCGGGACUAUGACAUCCCGGCAGGGCGCUGGACCACCCCAGACAUCGGGACGUGGACGAGAGUCGGGAAAGACCCGGCGCCGUUCAACCUGUACAUGUUCCGGAACAACAACCCUGUCAGCAAAGUUCACGAGGUCAAGGAGUACGUCACAGAUGUCAAUAUCUGGCUGGUGACGUUUGGGUUCCACCUUCACAAUGCCAUCCCCGGGUUCCCCAUCCCCAAGUUUGACCUCACACAGCCGUCCCUGGAGAUGAAGAAGAGCCAGCUCUGGGACGACCUGCCGUCCAUCUCGGGGGUGCAACAGGAAGUGACCCGGCAAGCCAAGGCUUUCCUGUCCUUUGAGAGGAUGCCGGAGAUCCAGCUGAGCCGCCGACACUCCAACCGGGAGAAACCCUGGCUGUGGUUCGCCACCGCCAAGUCGCUGAUCGGUAAGGGUGUCAUGUUGGCGGUGACGCAGGGUCGUGUGGUCACCAACACUCUGAAUAUCGCCAACGAGGACUGCAUCAAGGUCGCCGCCGUCCUCAACAAUGCGUUCUACCUCGAGGACCUACACUUCACGGUGGAGGGACGCGACACGCACUACUUCAUCAAGACCAGCCUCCCGGAGAGCGACCUGGGAGCGCUGAGGCUGACAAGCGGGAGGAAGUCCCUGGAGAACGGAGUCAAUGUGACUGUGUCCCAGUCCACCACCGUGGUGAACGGCAGGACUCGGCGCUUCGCCGAUGUGGAGCUGCAGUAUGGCGCACUGGCGCUCCACGUGCGUUACGGCAUGACUCUGGACGAGGAGAAGGCGCGUGUUCUGGAGCAGGCCAGGCAGAAGGCGUUGUCGAGUGCUUGGUCCAGGGAGCAACAACGGGUGAGGGAGGGGGAGGAGGGAGUGAGGCUGUGGACGGAGGGGGAGAAGAGGCAGCUGCUGAGUGGAGGGAAGGUGCUGGGCUACGAUGGGUACUACGUCCUCUCCAUAGAGCAGUACCCCGAGCUAGCAGACUCCGCUAACAACAUCCAGUUCCUCAGGCAAAGCGAAAUAGGGAAGAGGUAACAGACAGAAUCCUCGGCACUGGCCGCCAAAGAGACUACCCCCUCCAAAUCCUGCCCCCCAACCUCCCUCGCCUCCCCCUUUUCUCUAAAAAGGGGGAGGGUCCAGGCUAGUGCUGUGUUUAGCGCCGCCUAGCUGAAACAAACACAGUAAAAUGUAGAAAUAUCUCAAACUGAACUAAACCUAAUACUACCACUGUGGGACGGCUCCAACUGACGCAGAUGUUUGUCCCGUGCUAUACAGCGUUGAAUGGACUGUGGACUCUCUUGAAAAGAGAGGGAAAAAAAGUCAGAACUCUCAGUUUUGUGAAAGGAAAAAAAAGUUUUUGUUUUUUAAAUCGACUUCCUGCUAUUUGCUUUCGGAAAAAAUAUUUUAAAAAGGAAGAAAAAAUGUGUUUACAUACGCAUACCACUACAACACGUCUGGACUAAUAGAAAAAAAGCCUUCUGGUUUCUUACAAAGGACAACGUCUAUAAUCUGAUUCUACAUCCUGACGACUGACCUUUGAUUGACCUUUGUGUACUGAAAAAGGUAGUGUUGUUGUUCGCUGCAGGACCAUGGUGGCAUCAAGACAGUCAAAACAGUCACUUGUUGAAACCACUUGCUUGUUCUCCUGCUUUUCUUUCUAAAAGGGACAAAACAGCUCCCACCAAGUGACUUCUUUACCAAUACUAGAUCAAAGUGGGACGUUUUGGGAAUUGGGAGGUUGUGUGUGUGUGUGUGUGUGUGUGUGUGUGUGUGUGUGUGUGUGUGUGUGUGUGUGUACAAUGGAGACAAUUUGUGUGUGUGUAUGUAUGGAGGAAGUUAAUCAAUUAAAUGAAAUGAAAGAAUCAUAUCCAACCAAUCUUUUGAAAUACAAUGUGAGACAGUAUCUUUAUGGAUUUUUUUAUUAAGAUGAAAAAUUCCAAACUUAUCCGUACAUCAAUAUUAGCCUCUUAGAGAAAGUAAUUUAUGUACAGUGUUUAUACAUUUAAAAAAAUAAAAUCGUAAAAAAUA